GAGAGAGAGAGGCAAAAGAAUUGAGAGAGAGAGAGAGGGAAAUUAAUUGCGAGAGAGACAAAUUAAUAGAGACAAAUUAAUAUAGAGAGAGAACUGAAGAGAGCGAGAGAGAGACAAAUGAAUUGAGAGACAAAUGGAUAGAGUGAGACACACGAAUUCAUAGAGAGAUAGAGAGAACAAUUGAUAGAGAGACAAAUGGAUGGAGAGAGACCAAUGGUUACAGAGGGAGACAAAUGGAUAGAGAGCAAGGGAGAGAGACAUGGAUGGAGAGAGAGACAAAUUAAUCGAGAGAGACAGACAAUUGAAAAGAAAGAGAGACACAUGGAUGUAGAGAGAGGGAGCCAAAUGGGUGGAGAGAGAGACAAAUAUAUAUAGAGAGGGAGACAAAUGGAUGGAGAGAGAGACAAAUUAAUCGAGAGAGACAGACAAUUGAAAAGAAAGAGAGACACAUGGAUGUAGAGAGAGGGAGCCAAAUGGGUGGAGAGAGAGACAAAUAUAUAGAGAGAGAGACAAAUGGAUAGAGAGAGACAAAUGGAUGGAGAGAGAGACAAAUAUAUAGAGAGAGAGACAAAUGGAUAGAGAGAGACAAAUGGAUGGAGAGAGAGACAAAUAUAUAUAGAGAGAGACAAAUGGAUAGAGAGAGACAAGUGGAUGGAGAGAGAGACAAAUAUAUAGAGAGAGACAAUUGAAUGGAGAGAGCAGGAAACAAAUAGAUAGAGAGAGACAAAUGGAUGGACAGAGAGCCAAAUGAAUGGAGAGAGAGACACAUGGAUAGAGAGAGAGACACAAAUGAAUGGAGAAAGAGACAAAUUAAUGGAGAGAGAGAGACAAAUGAAUAGAGAGAGAGAGACAAAUGGAUGGAGAGAGAGAGACAAAUGGAUAUAUAGAGAGAGAGAAAAAUAAAUUGAGAGAGCAAGGCAAAUGAAUGGAGAGAGAGAGACAAACUGAUAGAGAGAGACAAACGGAUAGAGAGAGACAAAUGGAUAGAGACACAAAUAAAUAGAGAGAGCAAGGCAAAUGAAUGGAGAGACAGACAAAUGAAUAGAGAGAGACAAAUGGAUAGAGAGAGACAAAUGGAUAGAGAGAGACAAAUGGAUAGAGACACAAAUAAAUAGAGAGAGAGAGACAAAUAAAUAGAGAGAGAGGCAAAUGGAUGGAGAGAGAGGGGGAGACAAAUAAGUAGAGAGAGAGAGAGAGAGACAAAUUAAUAGAGAGAGAGAGACAAAUAAGUAGAGAGAGAGACAAAUGAAUAGAGAGAGACAAAUGGAUGGAGAAAGAGACAAAUAAGUAGAGAGAGAAAUGAAUAGAGAGACAAAUGGAUGGAGAGAGAGAGAGAGAAAUGAAUAGAGAGAGAGACAAAUGGAUGGAGAGAGAGACAAAUGGAUGAAGAGAGAGACAAAUGAAUAGAGAGAGACAAAUGGAUGGAGAGAGAGACAAAUGGAUGGAGAGAGAGACAAAUGGAUGGAGAGAGAGACAAAUGAAUAGAAAGAGACAAAUGGAUGGAGAGAGAGACCAAUGGAUGGAGAGAGAGACAUAUGAAUAGAAAGAGACAAAUGGAUGGAGAGAGAGACAAAUGGAUAGAAAGAGACAAAUGAAUAGAAAGAGACAAAUGGAUGGAGAGAGAGACAAAUGGAUAGAAAGAGACAAAUGGAUGGAGAGAGAGACCAAUGGAUGGAGAGAGAGACAAAUGAAUAGAAAGAGACAAAUGGAUGGAGAGAGAGACAAAUGGAUAGAAAUAGACAAAUGGAUGGAGAGAGAGACAAAUGGAUGGAGAGAGAGACAAAUGAAUAGAAAGAGACAAAUGGAUGGAGAGAGAGACAAAUGGAUAGAAAUAGACAAAUGGAUGGAGAGAGAGACACAUGGAUAGAGUGAGAGACAAAUGAAUGGAGAGAGAGAGAGACACGGAUAGAGAGAGAGACACAAAUGAAUGGAGAAAGAGACAAAUUAAUGGAGAGAGAGAGACAAAUGAAUAGAGAGAGAGACAAAUGGAUGGAGAGAGAGACAAAUGAAUAGAGAGAGAGACAAAUGGAUGGAGAGAGAGACAAAUGAAUAGGGAGAGAGAGACAAAUGGAUGGAGAGAGAGACAAAUUAAUAGAGAGAGAGACAAAUGAAUAGAGAGCGAGAGACAAAUGGAUAUAUAGAGAGAGAGAAAAAUAAAUUGAGAGAGCAAGGCAAAUGAAUGGAGAGAGAGAGACAAACUGAUAGAGACAAACGGAUAGAGAGAGACAAAUGGAUAGAGACACAAAUAAAUAGAGAGAGCAAGGCAAAUUAAUGGAGAGAGAGAGACAAACUGAUAGAGAGAGACAAACGGAUAGAGAGACAAAUGGAUAGAGACACAAAUAAAUAGAGAGAGCAAGGCAAAUGAAUGGAGAGAGAGAGACAAACUGAUAGAGACAAACGGAUAGAGAGAGACAAAUGGAUAGAGACACAAAUAAAUAGAGAGAGCAAGGCAAAUUAAUGGAGAGAGAGAGACAAACUGAUAGAGAGAGACAAACGGAUAGAGAGACAAAUGGAUAGAGACACAAAUAAAUAGAGAGAGCAAGGCAAAUGAAUGGAGAGAGAGAGACAAACUGAUAGAGAGAGACAAACGGAUAGAGAGAGACAAAUGGAUAGAGACACAAAUAAAUAGAGAGAGCAAGGCAAAUGAAUGGAGAGACAGACAAAUGAAUAGAGAGAGACAAAUUGAUAGAGAGAGACAAAUGGAUAGAGACACAAAUAAAUAGAGAGAGCAAGGCAAAUGAAUGGAGAGAGAGACAAACUGAUAGAGAGAGACAAAUGGAUAGAGACACAUGGAUAGAGACACAAAUAAAUAGAGAGAGCAAGGCAAAUGAAUGGAGAGAGAGACAAAUGGAUAGAGAGAGACAAAUGGAUAGAGAGAGACAAAUGGAUACACACAAAUAAAUAGAGAGAGAGAGACAAAUAAAUAGAGAGAGGCAAAUGGAUGGAGAGAGAGGGGGAGACAAAUAAGUAGAGAGAGAGAGAGAGACAAAUAAGUAGAGAGAGAGACAAAUGAAUAGAGAGAGACAAAUGGAUGGAGAAAGAGACAAAUAAGUAGAGAGAGAAAUUAAUAGAGAGACAAAUGGAUGGAGAGAGAGAGAGAAAUGAAUAGAGAGAGAGACAAAUGGAUGGAGAGAGAGACAAAUGGAUGGAGAGAGAGACAAAUGGAUGGAGAGAGACAAAUGGAUGGAGAGAGACAAAUGGAUGGAGAGAGAGACAAAUGGAUGGAGAGAGAGACAAAUGAAUAGAAAGAGACAAAUGGAUGGAGAGAGAGACCAAUGGAUGGAGAGAGAGACAAAUGAAUAGAAAGAGACAAAUGGAUGGAGAGAGAGACAAAUGGAUGGAGAGAGAGACAAAUGAAUAGAAAGAGACAAAUGGAUGGAGAGAGAUACAAAUGGAUGGAGAGAGAGACAAAUGGAUGGAGAGAGAGACAAAUGAAUAGAAAGAGACAAAUGGAUGGAGAGAGAGACCAAUGGAUGGAGAGAGAGACAAAUGAAUAGAAAGAGACAAAUGGAUGGAGAAAGAGACAAAUGAAUAGAAAGAGACAAAUGGAUGGAGAGAGAGACAAAUGGAUGGAGAGAGAGACAAAUGAAUAGAAAGAGACAAAUGGAUGGAGAGAGAGACAAAUGAAUAGAAAGAGACAAAUGGAUGGAGAGAGAGACCAAUGGAUGGAGAGAGAGACAAAUGAAUAGAAAGAGACAAAUGGAUGGAGAGAGAGACAAAUGAAUAGAAAGAGACAAAUGGAUGGAGAGAGAGACAAAUGAAUAGAAAGAGACAAAUGGAUGGAGAGAGAGACCAAUGGAUGGAGAGAGAGACAAAUGAAUAGAAAGAGACAAAUGGAUGGAGAGAGAGACCAAUGGAUGGAGAGAGAGACAAAUGAAUAGAAAGAGACAAAUGGAUGGAGAGAGAGACAAAUGGAUAGAAAUAGACAAAUGGAUGGAGAGAGAGACAAUGGAUGGAGAGAGACAAAUGGAUGGAGAGAGAGACCAAUGGAUGGAGAGAGAGACAAAUGAAUAGAAAGAGACAAAUGGAUGGAGAGAGAGACCAAUGGAUGGAGAGAGAGACAAAUGAAUAGAAAGAGACAAAUGGAUGGAGAGAGAGACCAAUGGAUGGAGAGAGAGACAAAUGAAUAGAAAGAGACAAAUGGAUGGAGAGAGAGACCAAUGGAUGGAGAGAGAGACAAAUGAAUAGAAAGAGACAAAUGGAUGGAGAGAGAGACAAAUGGAUAGAAAUAGACAAAUGGAUGGAGAGAGAGACAAUGGAUGGAGAGAGACAAAUGGAUGGAGAGAGAGACAAAUGGAUAGAAAUAGACAAAUGGAUGGAGAGAGAGACAAAUGGAUAGAAAUAGACAAAUGGAUAGAAAUAGACAAAUGGAUGGAGAGAGAGACAAUGGAUAGAGAGAGACAAAUGGAUGGAGAGAGAGACAAAUGGAUAGAAAUAGACAAAUGGAUAGAAAUAGACAAAUGGAUGGAGAGAGACAAAUGGAUGGAGAGAGACAAAUGGAUGGAGAGAGAGACAAUGGAUGGAGAGAGAGAUAAAUGGAUGGAGAGAGACAAAUGGAUGGAGAGAGACAAAUGGAUGGAGAGAGACAAAUGGAUGGAGAGAGACAAAUGGAUGGAGAGAGAGACAAAUGGAUGGAGAGAGACAAAUGGAUGGAGAGAGAGACAAUGGAUGGAGAGAGAUAAAUGGAUGGAGAGAGACAAAUGGAUGGAGAGAGACAAAUGGAUGGAGAGAGACAAAUGGAUAGAAAUAGACAAAUGGAUGGAGAGAGACAAAUGGAUGGAGAGAGAGAGACAAUGGAUGGAGAGAGAGACAAUGGAUGGAGAGAGAGACAAAUGGAUAGAAAUAGACAAAUGGAUGGAGAGAGACAAAUGGAUGGAGAGAGACAAAUGGAUGGAGAGAGAGACAAUGGAUGGAGAGAGAGACAAAUGGAUGGAGAGAGACAAAUGGAUGGAGAGAGAGACAAUGGAUGGAGAGAGACAAAUGGAUGGAGAGAGUGUCAAAUAUAUAGAGAGAGAGACAAAUGGAUAGAGAGAGACAAAUGGAUGGAGAGAGAGACAAAUAUAUAGAGAGAGAGAGACAAUUGAAUGGAGAGAGCGGGAGACAAAUAGAUAGAGAGAGACAAAUGGAUGGACAGAGACAAAUGAAUGGAGAGAGAGAGAGACACGGAUAGAGAGAGAGACACAAAUGAAUGGAGAAAGAGAGACAAAUUAAUGGAGAGAGAGAGAAAUGAAUAGAGAGCGAGACAAAUGGAUGGAGAGAGAGACAAAUUAAUAGAGAGAGAGACAAAUGAAUAGAGAGAGAGACAAAUGGAUGGAGAGAGAGACAAAUGAAUAGAGAGAGAGACAAAUGGAUGGAGAGAGAGACAAAUAAAUAGAGAGAGCAAGGCAAAUGAAUGAAUGGAGAGAGAAACAAAUGAAUAGAGAGAGACAAAUGGGUAGAGAGAGACAAAUGGAUAGAGACACAAAUAAAUAGAGAGAGCAAGGCAAAUGAAUGGAGAGAGAGACAAAUGAAUAGAGAGAGACAAAUGGAUAGAGAGAGACAAAUGGAUAGAGAGAGACAAAUGGAUAGAGACACAAAUAAAUAGAGAGAGAGAGACAAAUAAAUAGAGAGAGAGGGGGAGACAAAUAAGUAGAGAGCGAGAGAGAGAGACAAAUUAAUAGAGAGGGAGAGAGAGAGACAAAUAAGUAGAGAGAGGGACAAAUGAAUAGAGAGAGACAAAUGGAUGGAGAAAGAGACAAAUAAGUAGAGAGAGAAAUGAAUAGAGACAAAUGGAUGGAGAGAGAGAGAGAGAGACAAAUGAAUAGAGAGAGACAAAUGGAUGGAGAGAGAGAGAGAGAAAUGAAUAGAGAGAGACAAAUGGAUGGAGAGAGAGACAAAUGGAUGGAGAGAGAGACAAAUGAAUAGAAAGAGACAAAUGGAUGGAGAGAGAGACAAAUGGAUGGAGAGAGAGACAAAUGAAUAGAAAGAGACAAAUGAAUAGAAAGAGACAAAUGGAUGGAGAGAAACAAAUGGAUAGAGAGAGACAAAUGAAUAGAGAGAGAGACAAAUGGAUGGAGAGAGAGACAAAUGAAUAGAGAGAGAGACAAUGGAUGGAGAGAGAGACAAUGGAUGGAGAGAGAUACAAAUGAAUAGAGAGAGAGACAAAUGGAUGGAGAGAGAUACAAAUGAAUAGAGAGAGAGACAAAUGAAUAGAGAGAGAGACAAAUGGAUGGAGAGAGAGACAAAUGGAUGGAGAGAGAGACAAAUGGAUGGAGAGAGAGACAAAUGAAUAGAGAGACAAAUGAAUAGAGAGAGAGAGAAAUGAAUAGAGAGAGAGACAAAUGGAUGGAGAGAGAGACAAAUGAAUAGAGAGAGAGACAAUGUAUGGAGAGAGAGACAAAUGGAUGGAGAGAGAGACACGAAUAGAGAGAGACAAAUGAAUAUAGAGAGAGACAAAUGGAUGGAGAGAGAGACACAUGGAUGGAGAGAGAGACACGAAAAGAGAGACAUGGAUGGAGAGAGACAAAAAUAAUAGAGAGAGAGACAAAUGGAUGGAGAGAGACAAAUUAAUCGGGAGAGAGACAAAUGGAUGGAGAGAGAGACAAAUGGAUGGAGAGAGACAAAUGGAUGGAAAGGGAGAAUUUUUUUUUUGAGACACAAAUGGAUGGAGAGAGAGAAAUGAAUAGAUAGAGAUGAAAAUGGAUGGAGAGAGACCAUUGGAUGGAGAGAUACCAAUGGGUAGAGCGAGAGAGAAAUUAAUUGAGAGAGUGACCAAUGGAUGUAGAGAGAGUCCAUUGGAUGGAGAGAGAAUAAUGGCUAGAGAGAGAGAGAAAUUAAUGGAGGGAGAGAUCAAUGGUUGGAGAGUGAGCGUCGGAGUGAGGGAGGCUGGUGAGCGGGAUGGAGAGUUGGCGUGAGGGAGGGUCCAAAGGAAAAGGAGGGAGUGAGGGAGGGUAGAGAGUGUGUGGAACAUGGAGUGGGAGAGAGCAAUUAAAGCACAGAGGGAGGAGUGUGUGUGUUUGUUUGAGUACAACAGAGUGUCGCAGAGGCGGUACGGUUGCUCGAUCAGCUCAGUAGUUGUGAUGAUAGCUGUGGAUGAGUAGGUCUGUACUCUGCUGCUCUCUCCUAGUGAGGAGGUGAUCCAGCAUGGCUUCACAGUCAUAGUAGACAUGCGAGGCAGUAAAUGGGACAGUAUCAAAUCUCUACUGAAGAUCCUCCAGGAGUCGUUCCCCUGCUGUAUACACAUAGCGCUCAUCAUCAAACCAGACAACUUCUGGCAGAAACAACGCACCAACUUCGGCAGCUCCAAGUUUGAAUUUGAGACCACCAUGGUGUCGUUGGAGGGUCUAUCUAAGGUGGUUGACGCCUCCCAGCUGACCUCUGACUUCGAGGGAAGUCUAGAAUACAACCAUGACGAGUGGAUCGAGGUGCGGGUUGCGUUUGAGGAGUUUACGGGGCACGCGGGUCACAUGUUGUCGAGGCUGGAGGAGAUGCAGGAGGUGGUGGCGAGGAAAGACUUCCCCACGGACCUGGAUGGGGCGCGGCGCAUGAUAGAGGAACACGCCACGCUGAAGAAGAAGGUCAUCAAAGCUCCUAUAGAGGAACUGGAUACGGAGGGACAGAGGUUGCUGCAGCGUAUCCAGAGCAGUGAGUCGUACAGGAACUCUAACGCCAGCGGUGUGUGUAACGCUGACACCCAGGGGCUAGUGCCACGCGUCGCCACCCUGCUGGACAAACUCCACAGCACACGACAACACCUCCACCAGGCCUGGCACAUCAGGAAACUCCAGCUGGACCAGUGUUUCCAGCUCCGCCUCUUCGAACAGGAUGCUGAGAAGAUGUUUGAUUGGAUAAUGGCCAACAAGGGUCUGUUCCUGGCCGGCUACACCGAGAUCGGCAACAACCACCCACACGCCAUGGAGCUACAGACGCAGCACAACCACUUUGCUAUGAACUGCAUGAACGUGUAUGUGAACAUCAACAGGAUAAUGUCAGUGGGUAACAGGCUAUUGGAGUCUGGUCACUAUGCCUCGGUGCAGAUUAAACAGAUCUCAGGUCAGCUGGAAGUGGAGUGGAAAGCCUUCGCUGCGGCCCUGGACGAACGCAGCACACUGCUGGAGAUGUCUGCCGCCUUCCACCAGAAAUGUGACCAGUACAUGGGUAAUGUGGACUCGUGGUGUAAAGCGUGUGGAGAGGUGGAUCUACCCUCGGAGCUCCAGGACCUAGAGGAUGCUAUCCACCACCACCAGGGCCUCUACGAACACAUCACUGCUGCCUACUCAGAGGUCAGUCAGGACGGUAAGGCCCUAUUGGAUAAGCUCCAGCGCCCUCUGACCCCGGGGGGGGCUGAUUCGCUAACGGCCUCGGCCAACUACAGCAAGGCGGUGCACCAUGUGCUGGAUGUGAUACACGAGGUGCUGCACCACCAGAGACAACUGGAGAAUAUCUGGCAACACCGCAAAGUCCGCCUGCACCAGAGGCUCCAGCUGUGUGUGUUCCAGCAAGACGUACAGCAGGUUCUGGACUGGAUAGAGAACCACGGGGAGGCGUUCCUCAGUAAACACACAGGCGUUGGGAAGUCCCUCCAUCGAGCCAGAGCGCUACAGAAACGACACGAGGACUUCGAGGAGGUCGCCCAGAACACCUAUACUAAUGCUGACAAGCUGCUGGAGGCAGCAGAGCAGCUGGCCCAGACAGGAGAGUGUGACCCAGAGGAGAUCUACCAGGCAGCCCACCAGCUGGAGGACCGGAUCCAGGACUUUGUCAGGAGGGUGGAGCAACGCAAAGUCCUGCUGGACAUGUCUGUCGCCUUCCACACACAUGUCAAAGAGCUGUGGACGUGGCUGGAGGAGCUGCAGAAGGAGCUGUUAGAUGAUGUGUAUGCUGAGUCUGUGGAGGCGGUGCAGGAUCUGAUCAAACGCUUCAGCCAGCAGCAGCUGACCAUCCUGCAGGUCACUGUCAACGUCAUCAAGGAGGGAGAGGACCUCAUCCAGCAGCUCAGGGACUCUGCUAUCUCCAGUAACAAGACUCCCCACAACAGCUCCAUCAACCACAUAGAGAGUGUGUUACUGCAGCUGGACGAGGCCCAGGCUCAGAUGGAGGAGCUGUUUCAGGAGAGGAAGAUCAAACUAGAACUCUUCCUACAACUACGCAUCUUUGAAAGGGACGCCAUCGAUAUCAUCUCAGACCUGGAGUCGUGGAACGAGGAGUUGACUGUUCAGAUGAGUGAGUUUGAUACAGAGGACCUGACCCUGGCAGAACAGAGACUCCAGCACCACGCUGACAAGGCCCUGACCAUGAACAACCUGACCUUUGACGUCAUCCACCAGGGACAGGAACUGCUGCAGUACGUCAACGAAGUACAGGCCUCUGGUGUAGAGUUGCUGUGUGACAGGGAUGUGGACAUGGCUACUCGUGUUCAGGACCUGCUGGAGUUCCUCCAUGAGAAGCAGCAGGAGUUGGACCUAGCAGGCGAACAACACAGGAGACACCAGGAGCAGUGUGUACAGCUGAGACACCUACAGGCCGAAGUCAAACAGGUCCUGGGCUGGAUCCGUAAUGGGGAGUCUAUGCUGAAUGCUGGUCUGAUCACAGCCAGUUCUCUACAGGAAGCAGAACAGCUACAGAGAGAACACGAACAGUUCCAGCAUGCCAUCGAGAAAACCCACCAGAGUGCUCUGCAGGUGCAGCAGAAGGCUGAGGUGUUACUCCAGGCCAACCACUAUGACAUGGACCUAAUCAGAGACUGUGCUGAGAGUGUAGCGUCUCACUGGCAGCAGCUCAUGUUGAAGAUGGAGGACAGGCUGAAACUGGUCAACGCCUCUGUAGCCUUCUACAAGACCUCUGAACAGGUGUGCAGUGUGUUGGAGAGCCUGGAGCAGGAGUAUAAGAGGGAAGAGGACUGGUGUGGGGGGGCUGAUAAACUGGGUCCUAACUGUGAGUCAGACCACGUCACCCCCAUGAUCAGCAAACACCUGGAACAGAAAGAGGCCUUCCUCAAGGCAUGUACCCUGGCCAGACGUAAUGCUGAUGUGUUCCUGAAGUACAUGCACAGGAACAGUGUUAACAUGCCUGGGAUGCUCAGCCAUGUCAAAGCACCGGAACAACAGGUCAAGAACAUCCUGAAUGAGUUGUUACAGAGAGAGAACCGUGUUCUCCACUUCUGGACCAUGAGGAGACGACGGUUGGACCAGUGUCAGCAAUAUGUGGUGUUUGAACGCAGUGCCAAACAGGCUCUGGAGUGGAUCCACGACACGGGAGAGUUCUACCUGUCAACACACACCUCCACCGGCUCCAGUAUCCACCACACACAGGAGCUGCUGAAGGAGCACGAAGACUUCCACAUCACAGCCAGGCAAACAAAAGAGCGUGUGAAGCUGCUGAUCCAGCUAGCAGAUGGUUUCUGUGAUAAGGGCCAUAGUCACGCUGUGGAGAUAAAGAAGUGGGUGACGGUGGUGGACAAACACUACAGAGACUUCUCCCUGCGUAUGGACAAGUACCGGACCAGUCUGGAGAAGGCACUGGGCAUCUCAUCUGACUCUAACUCCAAGGCUAGUAAGGAUCUUCAGUUGGACAUGAUCCCGGCCACACCUCAAGGGUCAGAGGUCAAGCUGAGAGAUGCGGCUCACGAUCUCAACGAGGAGAAACGCAAGUCCGCUCGCAGGAAGGAGUUUAUCAUGGCUGAACUGAUUCAGACAGAGAAGACCUAUGUCAGAGACCUAAGGGAGUGUACGGAUACGUACCUGUGGGAGAUGACCAGUGGGGUAGAGGAGAUCCCUCCUGGCAUCGUCAACAAGGAACACAUCAUCUUUGGGAACAUGGUGGACCUCUAUGAGUUCCAUCACAAUAUCUUCCUCAAAGAGCUGGAGAAAUAUGAACAGCUACCAGAAGAUGUGGGCCACUGCUUCGUCACCUGGGCUGAUAAGUUCCAUAUGUAUGUGAACUACUGUAAGAACAAACCAGACUCCACCCAGCUCAUCCUAGAGCACGCCGGUCCCUACUUUGACGAGAUCCAGCAGCGGCACCGAUUAGCAAACUCCAUCUCUUCCUACCUGAUCAAGCCUGUUCAGCGAAUCACCAAGUACCAGCUCCUGCUCAAGGAGCUGCUGACAUGCUGUGAGGAGGGGAAAGGAGAGAUCAAGGAUGGACUGGAGGUCAUGCUCAGUGUCCCCAAGAGAGCCAACGACGCCAUGCACCUCUCAAUGCUGGAGGGUUUCGAUGAGAACAUUGAAUCUCAGGGAGAGCUGAUCCUGCAGGAGUCAUGCCAGGUAUGGGAUCCGAAGACUCUGAUCCGUAAGGGUCGCGAGCGGCACCUCUUCCUCUUCGAGAUGUCCCUCGUCUUCAGCAAGGAGGUCAAGGACUCCAACGGACGGAGCAAGUACAUGUACAAGAGCAAACUCUACACGUCAGAGUUGGGGGUAACAGAGCACGUUGAGGGAGACCCCUGUAAGUUUGCUCUGUGGGUGGGACGCACCCCAACCUCCGACAACAAGAUUGUACUCAAGCCAAGUCAGGGAUGCAAACAUGGAUCGAUGGCGUCGAGCAUUGAGAACAAGCAGGAUUGGAUCAAACACGUCAGGGAGGUGAUCCAGGAGCGAACCAUCCACCUGAGAGGAGCUCUGAAGGAACCCAUACACAUCCCUAAGUCUGCCACCGCCAAGCACCACAAGGGACACCGCAGGUACAGGGAUGGAGAGGACUUGGACAGCCAGGGUGAUGGCAGCAGCCAACCAGACACCAUCUCUAUCGCUUCACGCACCUCACAGAACACACUUGACAGCGACAAGCUGUCUGGUGGCUGUGAGCUGACCGUGGUGAUCCAUGACUUCAUGGCUGGUAACAGCAACGAGCUGACCGUCCGGAGAGGCCAGACUGUAGAGGUUCUGGAGAGGUGCCAUGACAAGCCUGACUGGUGUCUGGUGAGGACCACGGACCGCUCCCCUGCCCACGAGGGACUGGUACCCUGCGCCAUGCUCUGCAUCGCCCACUCACGCUCCUCCAUGGAGAUGGAGGGGAUAUUCAACCAUAAAGACACUCUAUCAGUCUGUAGUAAUGACUCCAUCAUGCCAGGCUCCUCUGCCACUCUGCAGCCGGGGCAUCAUGGCAUGGGCUCACAUACCUCGCCAGGGCCCAAACGACCUGGUAACACCCUGCGUAAGUGGCUGACCAGCCCAGUGCGUCGCCUGAGCAGUGGCAAGGCAGACGGGCACGUCAAAAAGCUGGCGCACAAACAGAAGAAGAACCGCGAGGUGAGGAAGAGUGGUGAGAUGACGGGCAGCGCCCAGAAAGACUCUGAUGACAGCGCCGCUACACCCCAGGAUGAGACUGUGGAGGAGAGGGUGCGUAACGAGGGGCUCUCCAGUGGGACCCUGUCCAAGUCCUCGUCCUCUGGGAUGCAGAGCUGUGGAGAGGAGGAAGGCGAGGAGGGUCCUGACUCUGUACCCCUACCGCCCCCCAUGGCCAUCCAGCAGCACAGCCUACUGCAGCCUGACACACAGGACGACAAGAGCUCCUCUCGUCUGUCCGUCCGUCCGUCCAGUUCUGAGACACCCAGUGCAGCAGAGCUGGUGAGCGCCAUCGAAGAACUGGUCAAGAGCAAGAUGGCUUUAGAGGACCGGCCCAGCUCUCUCUCAGUAGAACAGAGGGAUAGCAGCUCUCCCUCCUUCAACCCCUCCGACAACUCCCUUCUUUCAUCCUCCUCUCCCAUCGAUGAGAUGGAGGAGCGCAAGACUGGCUUCCUCAAGAGACGACAUUAUGUGUUGUUGGAGCUGGUGGAGACUGAGAGGGACUACGUCAGAGACCUGGGCGUGGUGGUGGGGGGCUAUAUGACGCGGAUGAAGGAGGAAGGGGUACCAGAUGAUAUGAAGGGGAAAGACAAGAUUGUCUUUGGAAACAUCCACCAGAUCUACGACUGGCACAGAGAUUUCUUCAUGGGAGAGUUAGAGAAGUGUCUGGAAGACCCUGACCGACUUGGGCCGCUGUUCGUCAAACAUGAGCGGAGGCUCCACAUGUACGUAGUGUACUGUCAGAACAAGCCUAAGUCAGAGCUCAUCGUAUCAGAGUACAUCGACACCUACUUCGAAGACCUGAAACAACGUCUAGGUCACCGUCUCCAGAUCACUGACCUCCUCAUCAAACCCGUCCAGAGAAUCAUGAAGUACCAACUACUGCUCAAGGACUUCCUCAAAUUCUCUAAAAAGGCAGGGUUGGAUUCAGUUGAGUUGGAGAAAGGUGUGGAGAUCAUGUGCAUCGUACCAAAGAGAUGCAACGAUAUGAUGAACGUGGGGCGGCUCCAAGGAUUUGACGGUAAGAUUGUGGCCCAAGGUCGUCUGCUGCUUCAGGAUACCUUCAUGGUAUCAGACCCCGAGGAGGGAGUAGGAAGGAUGAGGGAGAGAAGGGUCUUCCUCUUCGAACAGGUCGUCAUCUUCAGUGAACCACUGGACAAGAAGAGAGGAUUCUCCAUGCCUGGCUUCCUAUAUAAGAAGAGCAUCAAGGUCAGUUGUCUCGGGUUGGAGGACAGUGUGGACGGUGACCCCUGUAAGUUUGUGUUGACGUCUCGGGUGACCAAUAGCGGCAUAGAAUCCUUUGUCCUCCACUCCUCCCACCUGGGUGUCCGGCAGGUCUGGACCCUUCAGAUCAGCCAGAUACUGGAGAGCCAACGCAACUUCCUCAAUGCUCUGACCUCCCCUACAGAGUACCAGAGGAACCAUGUAGGGGCUAGCGACGGACCAUGUCUACCCAGCGGCGGAGCUCCGUCAGUGGGGAGCGUCAUGCCCAGUUUGGCCCCUGUUGGAGCUCUACAGGGUGUGCAUCUAUCUGGGCCCCUCGCUGUUGGUAGUCCUCUUGUUGGAGGUGCUCCCCAGGGUGGAGCUGGCUCAUCCAGGAGGCCCUCCAGGAUCCCCCAGCCCUCCCGCCUGCCCCAGCCCUUACGACACCCACACAACCCUGGGGCCACAGACUCAGAUGGCCCCAACAAGAUUUCAGGUUCCUCCCCUCGUCUCUUCCCUGCUCCCUCGCUCCCUCCCUCUGUCCCAGUGGACCCGCAGGACCUGGCUCCAGCAGGGGGAUGAGGGAGACCAGGGAGGCCCAUCAUGGGGUGAGGCUCCAGGGGGGAAGCCCCCAGGGCAAGCGCCCCAUCUUGGCCUCAAACGACCAGCCCCAUUCUGUCUCCCCUAUCCCCCGGGCCAGUGUGGCCCCCCUCCCUGUACCU